CCUCCCACCCUACGGACGCGCCUCCCCCCUAAAAAUAGGCAGAUCUCGCGCCGGGGGGCGACGCGCCGGCCUCCUCCUCUCCUCCGUUCGUCGAGCCCGGCUCCCCUCUUCGCCGCCGGCCAAUCCAAUCAGCAUCCUCAUUCGUCCCCUUCUCCGUGGUUAAUUCGAUCUGCGCUGCGGUUCCGCUUUUGUUUGAUUGCGAUCUCUCCCCGUCCCCGUGGCGUCGUUUUCGUCUUACCCCCGCCCACCCGCCCACCCGCGCGGUUGAUUCCUUUGUUGUUUGUUCCCAUCUGAGAACGGACGAGCUUGCGUCCGUCGGCGGGAGGUGGGUGGAUAGAUAGAUACAGAGGCGGCCGAGGAUCGCCAUUACGGUCCAAGCCGAUCGGGCGUCACGCCACGCGCCCGGCUUUAAAUCCUGCCCCCAUCCAUCUAUCCCAUGGGCGGACACAGGAUCGAUCCGGGCCACCUCCUCCUCUCCGCGCUCCGGGCGUAGACGCAUUCUUCGCUGCGAUCUAGCGGAAAGGGGGGAGAUUUCGACCGAUCGAUCCGUCGGCCGGGAAGAUGAACUCCCUCACGGCCACCGGCAGCAGCAGCGGCGGCGCGGAGAUGAGGGCGGCCGACGGCGAGGGGUACCUGCGGGCCGACGGCUUCGACCUCGUCAACCUCGACAUGCAGCUGGAGAAGACGCGCUCCAGGGUCUGGCUGGAUCAGCAGCGGGGCGCGUCCCCCGCGCAGCCCGGGGAGCUCCUCGAGUGGGAGAUCGACCUCGCCAAGCUCGACAUCCAGAACCAGGUCGCCAGCGGCACCUUCGGCGUCGUCUACCGCGGCACCUACGACGGCAACGACGUCGCAGUGAAGGUGCUGGACUGGGGGCAGGAAGGUCAGGAGAGCUCAUCGAAGCACCGGGAGGCCUUUGAGAAGGAGGUGGCCGUGUGGCAGAAGCUCGAUCACCCCAAUGUCACAAAGUUCGUGGGGGCGUCAAUGGGGACGUCCCAGCUGAAGAUCCCGGCGAGUAAGAAGGGCGGCAGCAGCCACGGGCCAGGCCAGCGCUGUGUGGUGGUGGUGGAGUACCAGCACGGCGGCACCCUGAAGACGCUGCUGUUCCAGCACCGGGACAAGAAGCUGCCUUACAAGAAGGUGGUCCAGCUGGCGCUGGACAUGGCGAGAGGGCUGAGCUACCUGCACGCGCAGAAGAUCGUGCACCGGGACGUGAAGGCGGAGAACAUGCUGCUGGACAGGAAGAAGUCGGUGAAGAUCGCCGACUUUGGGGUGGCCCGUGUGGAGGCGCAGGACGACGACAACAUGACGGGGCAGACGGGCACGCUGGGGUACAUGGCCCCCGAGGUGCUGGAGGGGCGGCCGUACGACCACAAGUGCGACGUGUACAGCUUCGGCGUCCUGCUGUGGGAGACGUACUGCUGCGCCUUGGCGUACCCGAACUACAGCAUCGCGGACAUCUCGUACCACGUGGUGAAGCUGGGCAUCCGGCCCGACAUACCGCGGUGCUGCCCCAAGCCGCUGUCGGAGAUCAUGACGCGGUGCUGGGACGGCAACCCGGACCACCGGCCGGAGAUGGCCGAGGUGGUGGCGAUGCUGGAGAGGAUCGACACCACCAAGGGCAAGAGCAUGACACCCGCCGUCCCCGACCACACCUCGCAGGGCUGCAGCUGCUUCGGCUUCUCCAAGUAGUACUCGUUGUGGUGUGAUGCGGGUCGGCCUGCUGCUAUUUUUUGUUUCCCUUUCGGUGGUGCGGUUGUGCGGAUGGGUGAACGCUUUGGUUGGUCGUCGCGGCGUCUCUCGUGGAAGAAGAAAUGUGUAGGUUGCCUACUGCCGCUACUCGCUUGUGGUUGUGGGUGAGAUGAUGGUUUAUUUUGCUUUGCAUAAA